UGCUGGGUUCCUGAAUAAUCUUAAUCUGGAAAGAUACUGAUUUGUACAUCUGGAGAUGGGAAAAGUUAUAGCUGAUAUUUCUAGCAAGUCUUUGAAUGUUCGGCUGAAACUUUGCAGAGCUAUUGUUUCCUUCUGCUAUUGAGAAUAAAAGUCUUGAAAGUUGACUAGUUCGAUGUUGCUGUAAUAUCUAAUCUGCCACACCCAUUUAUAUUCCAUUACUCUUUUAGAAAACAUCACAUGGAUAACUGGCAGAAGUGCUAGGUCACUGUCCAGGAGCUGCAGUUAGUAAAGGCAAGCUUAAAAAGAUUGAGCAAUCUUUUCCUUUUCUUUUUUUCUUUGCAGCUGUGAAGAUGUCUGACAAGAACCAGAUCAUUGCCAAGGCUUCCCUGAUUGAGCAGCUGGUGUCUAAAAGGUAUUUUGAGGAUAUUGGCAAAGAGCUUACUGAACUAGAAAUGAUGUAUGUGUCUAAGGAAGUUCUCCAGGAGACAGAUGUAGUCAGAGCUGUCUACCGAGUCCUCAAAAACUGCCCCUCAGUGGCUUUGAAAAGGAAGGCCAAGUGUCUGCUGGCAAAGUGGAGAACUUUCUAUAAGAAUUCACACUUCAAAACAAGGGAAAGUCUUAAAGUACACCAUACAAGUGUUAAUAAAGAAGAAAGUGGAGCAAUUUCUCAGGAUAUGAGCCAGGAUGAGACUUUAGGCUCCGGUCACAAUGAGAUAUUAGGUCUCUGCAGCUCUCUCUCUAGGCUGUCAGCCGAAGAUGCUGCAAAGUUUGCUACAGCAAGUGGGUCUGAAAGUAGCAUUCAAAUGGAAAUUACUGAAGAGUAUUUGGGGGGUGAUGACUCUAAAUCCACUAGCAAGAGUUCAAGUGUGCUACAGAAUCCCUUAGUGUCUCUGAGAUCUAAAUGCGUAGAGCUUCUCUACAGAGCACUAGCUAGUUCUUCCACAGAUCAUACAAAAGCUCUUUUGUGGCAGAACUUUGCAAGAGAAAUCGAAGAGCACAUUUUUAUCCUUCAUUCAAGCAACAUGAAGAAAUAUAAAACUUGUAUUCGGAGCAAAGUUGCCAAUUUGAACAACCCCAGAAAUUCUCAUUUACACCAAAACUUGCUCUCUGGAACCAUAUCUGCAAGACAAUUUGCUGAAAUGUCUGCCCUGGCCAUGGCAAACGAGGAACUGAAGCAGUUGAGAGCAUCCUACACAGAAUCCAGUAUUCAGGAACAUUGCCUUCCUCAAAUAAUUGAUGGGACACAGACAAACAAAAUAAAGUGCAGGCGCUGUGAGAAAUACAACUGCAAGGUCACUGUAAUUGCCAGAGGAACCCUUUUUCUUCCAGGUUGGGUUCAGAAUUCAAACCCAGAGGAAAUGACCUAUAUCAUUUGUAAUGAAUGUGGGGAGCAAUGGUAUGAUAACAACUGGGUGUGCUUGUAAUUUGUAAAUAAUUCUUUCAACGGCCUAUGUUUUGUAUGUAUAACAUAGCCCUUUUGUGCCUUUUUUUUU